AUGUCUGCCAGGCACAUGCACACCCUUCCCAACGAAAUCCUAUCCCACAUCUUCCUCCAAUACCUGCCUGCAUACCCUCUCUGUCCUCCACUCUACGGGCCGGAGUCUCCGUCCUUCCUAAUGACGGUCUGUCGACACUGGCAAGCCAUCGCGCUACAGACUCCCGAGCUCUGGCGUGCUAUUGAAGUUGGCAGCGCUUGGCGGCGGAGGCUCGCACCACCGUCGCUGCUGCCAACAAUCGAGACAUGGCUGGUCCGUUCCGCCUCGUGCAUGCUUUCGGUCAAUCUUCCAGACGACCCCAGCCUCUAUCCGGCCACGGUCCUCCGUGCCCUUCUGGCCCACAGCAGCCGAAUGGAGUAUCUGUUUUGCACUGUGGACAACGACCAGGUGGCCAUAUAUCUGGGUCCCGCGCUUCCCCACUUGCGCGAGCUCAGCAUCGGUGGCUGGAAAGGGUGGAACGACCCCCUCGUUGUGAAGAUGAAGCCCUCAAGCGCGCCAUUGUUACACACACUGUUCUUAUUCGAGGUUGAUCUCGUAGCUUCCAACUUCCCGUGGGCCCAGUUGACGACACUGACGCUGGUAGGAAGCCCGGAAUCAGCCUACCUCCAAGUCUUGCGCCAAACCCCCCGUCUCAUUCAUUGCCGACUCUCCGUCGUAUCUGGAGAAGAUCCAACCGCAGCACCACCAACCAGUCGCAUCAUCCUCCCUCAUCUGCGCACUCUUGCCGUCCACCACGACGACCAUGAUCCCAACAGAGACUAUCUGCUAGAUGCCUUAACCACCCCCGCCCUGCGGCGCCUGCAACUCCGGGCCCCGAUUUUGGGGGAAGAUCCCAUCCAGAACUUGCGUGUAUUCAUCGCUCAUUGCGGCUGCAAGCUGGACGUUUUGCGCGUUCUGCCUGCGAGCUCCCGUGGGGUUCAAGUUGACAAUGUGCCUAUCGAGGAAUACUCCAAGGCAUUUCCCGAGAUUCGUGUUGUCAUGCCGCGAGCGGAAUAUUGGACUCCGGAUGACAGGUGGCUCAAUGAGGACAAAUAA